AUGACUGAUCACUAUGCCAACCACGCAUAUCAAUCAGCCAAGGUACCACAACAAUAUUCUGGCGCCGAUUUGCCCUACGAGGACGGCUCCAAUGAAUAUGCGACCCCACACUCCAGAUGGGAUCCACGAGGGUGGUCUUUGAAGAAAAAGCUCUUCCUCGCAGCGGGCAUUAUCGUCGUCAUUGUAGCGGUCGUGGUCGGAUCAGUACUGGGCGUACGAGCAAACCGGUACCCCAAUUACUCCAAGCUGGACUACACCCUGCAAGACACCUAUUCAGGAACCGAUUUCUUCGACAAUUUCGAAUACUUCACCGAUGCCGAUCCAGCCAACGGCUUCGUCCAAUAUAUCAGCCGAGCCAAUGCGGAAUGGCUCAAUCUCACCCACGCCAGCAGCGAGUCGGCCGUACUCAAAGUUGAUACCACAUUAAGUGGAACCCAGGCCGCCAGUGGCCGCCAAUCCGUCAGGAUAACAUCAAACAAAACAUACGCCGAUGGUCUGUUUGUCUUUGACGUUCUCCACACCCCGUACGGAUGUGGAACCUGGCCCGCAUUGUGGCUCACUGACCCCAGCAAUUGGCCCGAGCAUGGUGAAAUCGAUAUCGUCGAAGCUGCCAAUAGUGGAACCUUUGGAAACCAGGCUACCCUGCAUACAUCUGAUGGAUGCUCUAUGGGCGUCAAGCGGAAGGAAACAGGGUCCGUCCAGAACAAAAACUGUUAUUACAAGGCAAAUGAAUACUCGGGCUGUGGCGUGUCGGGUGCUGAUAGUACAUUUGGUCCUGAAUUCAACAACAACGGAGGUGGAGUAUAUGCAAUGGAGCUUCGCAAUGCCGGAAUCCGAGUAUGGCAGUGGGCGCGCUCGAAAAUUCCAUCCGACAUUACCUCUGGAAGCCCUGAUCCGUCUACCUGGGGUACGGCCUUUGCAGACUUCCCAAACACGGAUUGCAAUAUUGGGUCACACUUCAAGAAUCAGAGCAUUAUCGCCAACAUCGAUCUGUGUGGUGACUGGGCUGGCGCGGACAAGUUCUAUACGACUCAGAGCAGUUGCCCCGGUACUUGCGAGGCCUUUGUGCGGGAUAAUGCGACCAGUUUCAGCACGGCUUACUGGGAGUUCAAAAGUUUCAAGGUUUACCAAGCCAGUUGA